AUGGCGUCGCUGCAGGAGCGGCUCCGCUCCAUGGUUGAGGCCCCGCGGCGGCGGCAACGCGGACAGAUCCCGAAGGCGCAGGUGGCGGCGGCGCUCAAGUUCCAGCGCGAGUUCGUGCACCGAUCGGAGGAUUUCAACACCUCCGAGAUUUCCGACUGCUCCGAAAGCCUCGAGGCGCUGCGCAAUGGCAAGCGCGAAGCUCGCGAAAGCCGCCGGAUGAUGUGGGAGGACCACUACGCGACCCAAUUGCAGACCGAACAAGCUCGAUCCGAGGCGGCGAAACAGCAGAAACUGAGGCAGGAGACGGCCAUGUUGACGCAGCUCAAGACCGACUCAGACAAGUGGAACAUGGCCAUCGAGUUGAGACUUCUCGAGUACCUCGAGGCCAGCCUCUCAGUGGCACCAGGAGACGUCAAGAGAGCGUAUUUCAUGAGUACGAACAAGGCCGGACUGCCUCCGCUGCAUCGUGCGUGCAAGACCAACGACAUGCAAUUGGUGAAGUUACUGCUGAGACUCGGAGCCGACUUGACCAUCAAAGACUACAUGCAAAAGAUAUACGCAACCUUCAGCAGUCUGGACGAAGGAUCGGGCCAAAGCUGCUUGCACACGGCCAUCAUCAAAAACUUUCGACAGGUAACUUUUGCCAUGAUCCGUAGUGGGAAGGUUCAGAUCAAUGCUGCUACCAGAGAAGGAGGCUGGACCGCUCUUCACUUGGCCAUCAUUACGGAAGAGAUCGAUGUGAUCAAGGAGCUGUUGGCUGCAGGCGCGACGCUGGAUGCUGUGGAUGCCGACGGCCAGACGCCUCUGCUCCAGGCCUGUCUCGGAGGGCAGCUGAAGAUUGUUCGGCUGAUUUUGAACGCUGGGGCCAACCCCUCGCACCAGAACAGACAAGCACACAGCCCACUACACUAUCUAUCAGCGUUCUGCAGAGACCGACAGCUUCUUCGUGACAUUAUCGCUAACGGGGCAGAUGUGAACGCGAAGUCCAUGAAGCUUAACACACCCAUGCAUUUUGCUGCGAUGAAUGGGAACGAAGUGGCCACCCAAGUCCUCCUGGAGCACGGCGCCAGUGCGAGCGUCAUCAACGAAGACAAACGCAGCGUCGUGUACCUGGCCAAGAAGUGGCGCCACCGCUCAGUGGAGGACCUCGUCCGGCCGCCCGAAGACGACUCGAAGCGAGACGACGUCCACACGAGUAUGAGCCACACCAACAAACCCAAGUCCCCGCUGGCCAUGGCCUCUCGCCAGGCUCAACUGCGUUCGAUGGGCCAUGCUCGUGCUACAUCACACGCCCAUCCAAGGACAGCGUUGGCCCUGACCACGCGGUCCGAGGAGUCCGACUCGGACUCGUUGUACGACUUCGAGGACGACGAGCUCAUCCUGCCGCCGUGGCCCAUUGCCACAGGCAGCCCAAAUACUACUGGAGGCAACAAUAACAAUGAAAGGCCCAAGCCAGCGACAACCGGCAGCUGUAGGAGCUUCGGGGAGCUGAAAACUCGGUUCAUGACCGAGCGCUCGCCGCUGAAGCCCGUGGUGCUGUCCCAAGACCGUCAAAAGGGGCUAAUGGACGAAAUCUUAGCGUCCCGUGCUACGAGAGAUGAGCACUCAGCGCCGCAAAUGAUGCGGUUCACCCGACAACUUGUCGUGGAGCCCGUCCGCAUCCCGUGGGAGAUGACGGUGCCGGUCUCUCAUGCAUCAACUGCCGACGCUCUCUCGAACCAACGGAAGCUCAAACCGAGCAUCCGCACCAACAUCGGCCUGCUUCGAGACCACCUCGCCCAUGCACCGCAGCUGCAUUGGCCAAGACAAGCGGGCCACCCGGUCUUUCGCAAGGCCAAACCGUAA